AUGGAUUGCUGGGUGUGGUCGAGUCUCGGUUGCUCUGUGACGUCGCACGAUGACCAAACCGUACACUGCCAGUGUAACCAUACGACAAACUUCGCCAUCCUCAUGCAGGUUCGACACAUCAAAAUAGCCGCGGUGCACGUUAUAGCACUGAGUAGCAUCACCUACAUCGGCUGUAGCAUCACCUUGCUUACGCAGUUCAUGGCGGUCACGGUAUUCACGUUUGUAGGAUCGUUGAAUUGUGAACGUGUUUUCAUUCACCGAAACCUGUGUAUUGCCAUUGGUGCUGCUCAGAUCACGUUUUUAGCAGGCAUUAAAGCUGUGAGUCAGUCAAUGGUGUGUGCUGUGGUCGCCCUGGUACUACACUACUUCUACACAGCAAUGUUCAUCUGGAUGCUGGUUGAGGGGUUACAUCUCUACAGCAAAGUGGUCCAAGUAUUUGGCACGGAGAAGUCGAGGAUUAUUUAUUAUACCAUAUUCGGCUGGGGUGUCCCUUUGGUAUUGGUUGUGAUAUCGGCCGGUGCCGAUUGGGAAGGCUACGGUACUUCAUACAGCUGUUGGCUUUCAACACGACGAAACACCAUUUGGGCCUUUGUUGGUCCUGCUCUGGCAAUUAUGUUUGUCAACAUUGUCAUUCUGGCAGCAGUUGUACGAAUCAUAAUGGCGUCCGCUAAACUAAACCGACUUGGUGAAUACGACCACAUCCGAUCUGGAAUCAAAGGUACUCUGUUCUUGCUACCUCUUCUCGGCUUAACGUGGAUAUUUGGACUUGUGGCUGUUAACGAAGAGUUGGUGGUCUUUCAAUACCUGUUUGCAAUAGUUAAUUCGUUACAGGGGUUCUUCAUCUUUCUGUUCCACUGUGUUCUGAACACUGAGGUUCGACAAGCACUCAAAAGACUGAAGCAAAGGAGAUCUCUGCAAAGGGGAGAUAAUGUAUCUUCUGGUUCUAAUAGCCAGUCCAUAUUGUCUACUGCGUGGUUGCCCACGAAACCGAGCAAACAACUCCAGCACAAAGGCAACCAGGUGACACCACAGAGGGAGAAACGAGCAACAACAGUGGUAGCGGCGUGGACUGGUCACAACCAGUCGAAGGAAACGGACGAUUCUGAAAUAACCAGAAGUAGUCGAUCAUCCCCGGAUGCAGACGAAAUGACAUUAUUUAUCUAAUCAAGUCACAAUUUUGGGAACUGGUCAUGGCACAAUGUCAGUAUAGCCAGUGCAAAAUCCAUUUACA